GCCCAGUCUACAAGAACAGGACAAUACCACCCUACUCAUUCUUCUGAAAGCACAGAAGUCCCCCCCUCAAUAUACCUAACAAACAACUACAGGGCGGCAUUUAUCUCUUUAAUUUCAUACCAGCGUCUUGUUUUUCUAUACUCAACACUAGCAAUGCCUACUACAGCCAAUCUUGCCCUCUUGGGAGUGGCAACCGUUGCGACCCUGUACAUCAUCUACCGCCGUCUGCUACCUAAGCCUAUUCCCGGAAUUCCGUACAACGAGGGCUCAGAAUCUCGCAUUCUUGGGGAUAUUCCCAACUUCUUACAUGAGCUUUCCAGCACAGGAGACUUUGCACAAUGGUUUGUGAAGCAGGCCAAAUCCUCCAACUCGCCGCUUAAGCAAGUCUUCCUCAACCCUUUCACCAAGCCCAUGGUCAUUCUAUCUGAUCCGCGAGAAACUAUGGAUGUUAUGACGAAGCGAGCUAAAGACUUUGACCGGCCCUCAUCUCUUGCGGAUAUUCUAGACCCAGUCGUUGGUCCCAGCCAGAUUCAUCUUCAGUCUGGUUCGAAGCAUAAGAUGCACCGUCGCCUUGUUCAAGACACCAUGACACCGAAUUUCUUACAAACUGUUGCAACGCCCAAUAUCGAGAUUGCUUCAGACAACUUCAUCGAACUGUGGAAAGUGAAAACCAAGCUCGCUCAGGGACGCCCUUUUGCUGCUGAGGACGACAUGUCUCGGGUAACCUUGGACGGCGUGCUAGCCUUUGCAUUUGGCCCCGAAUAUCCCUACUCCGCACUCAAGCCACAGCUCGAGCUAGUAAAUGGCAUGUCGAUUACGGAUGGAGACAUCGAUCUCGAUGUUCCUCUGGAGUUUGGCGAGGCGGAAUACCACCCAAGCCUGGGAGCAGCGCUUGAUCUUGUCUGGUAUAGUGGAAAGAUUAUGAAUAGUGUUGUGUAUUCUCUGAGCUGGCAAAAGUACAAGUACACGUCGCGAUUUAAAAUGCUAAUGCGCCGCAAAGCCGAUAUGAUUAAGACAGAAAUCACAAAGGCCAUUCAAAAGCGCGCUGAGAGCACAGAAGAGCCACGUAUUCUUCACGCUGUCGACCUUAUGGUCGACCGCGAAGCGCGACAAGCUGAACGACAAGGCCGUGAGCCAGACUUCUUUUCAGCAUCUAUGAUUGGAGAGACAUAUCUUUUCAUCGUUGCCGGCCAUGAUACUUCAUCGGCUGUCAUGAGUUGGAUGCUCAAGCUCCUCUCCGACAAGCCAGAAUACCAAUCUAAACUCCGUCGAAUUCUCUUUGACGCAUAUCCAACAGCAUUUUCGGAGAACCGUAUGCCGUCUGCUGCUGAAAUGGCUAGCACUUCUGUGCCCUUUUUGGAUGCAUUCAUGGAAGAAUCUUUUCGAUAUAUCCCGACGUCAGCUGGGUCCAUUCGAGAGGCCAUGCACGAUACAGUCCUUCUUGGCAAGUAUAUCCCUAAAGGUACAAAUAUCCUCUUGAUGAACAAGGGUCCUGGAUACCACGAGCCAUCCCUACAAAUCGACGAAGGUCUGCGGAGCACUACAUCACAAGAAACCAAGAAAAGCCAGAUGGCGAGAAUUUGGGAAAACGAAGAUGAUUUACACGAAUUCAAGCCUGAGCGUUGGCUAAAAGAAGUUGAUGGCAAGACGAUAUUUGAUGCGAGCGCCGGAGCCGUUGAUAACUUUGGCGCAGGGCCGAGAGGAUGUUUUGGAAGACGACUGGCGUAUUUGGAAGUCCGUAUGCUGCUUACGAGAAUACUGUGGAUGUUUGAGCUUGACAAGUGCCCAGUGGAGCUUUCAGGGUAUGAAGGAUAUUUGAAUGUGGUCAACAAACCACAAAAGUGCUUCGUACGACCACGGCUAGUCGAUCAUAGCAAGUAUUGAUGCAAGAUGACAGAACCCAAUAAAGAUAGUUAUGAAAGGACAGCUUUGCAACACAAUUAAUUAUACACCUGGAGAAGGCUAAGGCUUCUUCAGCCAGUGCUUAUAACCGCGAUCUCUAUCUCUCAUGAUAGCAUUAAGUCGGUCUACGACCUUCCAGGCACUCUCAUAAGCUUUGUCAUCGCAAUAUGCGACAAGAAGUAUGUGGAGUACAGCAUACCGAUCGGAUUCAAAUUCCGGCUCGACGAACCCGUCCUCGGAUGUAUAAGGUCCUGGUAAACCAGUUUCAUCAACGAUACCCGAGCUCGUAGGGUCUCGGUGCUUUGACUUGAGAUAUUCCAUCUUAUACAGCGUCUUUGGAUCAGAGGGCAGUGCCUCUAAAACUAUCUGCAGCAUCGCAAUUGACUCGGCCAUAUUGUCGUCUUCAGCAUAGAGUCUUGCUAAGUCUACUAAAAUCCCAAGUCUACUGAUACCUGGUGUCGGAAGCCAAGGAUGCUGGCGAUUGCAAAUAUUCAGAAGCACCCUAAUGGCGUCUGCUCUCUGCCCAUUAGCUUCGUAUUGCUCUAUCAGCAAUUGCUCGCUCGCUUGAAGAAAGUCAAAAUCAAUUUGACUGGUCACAUCGGUAAUUUGAGUUGCUGUUUCAAGCCAGCCUAUCCUGCGGCUGAUGGACUGUGGUGACGAAUCUAUGCACAAGGUCUUUGCUGCCACAAAGCCGAGGGCAAAAAGGGUUCUCUCGUUCUGGAAGCGCCGCACGUCCUUCCAUAUGCCAAAGGCAGCUUUUCGUAGCCCAGGCCGGCGCCCGACUCCCAAUUCCAAAUCUUUCAGCGCUUGAACAUAGGGGGCGAACUCGUUGUCCAAUGCUGCUGCGUUGUCAUAUAGGCGGAAGGUUGCUUUCUGAAUGUCAGUAGGGUGCAGUCGAAUUAAUGAAUUCCUUGGAAAUCGACUACGACGUUUUCCAAACUGUUGCGUAUAAUUAAGCAGAACACCAUUCUUGAUCGAUCCAGUGUAGGCAUCGUGCGUUAAUGAGUGGAGCAUGUCGUUGUCGAGGUCUAUGAUAUCAAUCGUUGCACCUGUUUCCAGAAAUAGCUUUGCUAUGUCAUCCUUUUUAUGUUCCAGUGAUAACUUCAACAGAGUCGCUCUUGAUGAGAAGUCAAUACCUGCUGUCAUGAAGCUUUGGAUCAUACUGGUUAUGCCCUCUCUGACCGCCGCUGUAACCACAGUGUGGUCUGGAUUCAUCUGUACUUCUACCAUGGCACCAGAGUCUAGCAGAAGUUUGGCAGCUACCAUUUGAUAAGAAGCGGCUGCGCAUGUGAGUGCUGUUCUCCCAAGCUUGUCUUUGGCGCUUAUAUCUGCACCUCGUUUAACCAAUGUUGUAACUAUUUUCAGUCGUCCACUAGAUGCAGCCCAAGAAAGCGCUGUACGACCAGAUGCAUCGGUCCCGUUAAUAUCUUCACCAUCGUCUAGGUAGCGGGCAGUGAGCCAAUCUAUACCGAAGAAGGCUGAUACUAUCGCCGAGUUGCAGGGUAAAAUUGGGACUGAGUAGUUUGCCCCCUGAGUAGACUGGUAACUAGAGUACCAUACUUGAAAGCUCCGAGAUGACGUAUCAAAUAGUUUCAUAGAAAUCUCUCUAAGAUCCAUUGUGUGGCUCCCUUGCAAGAAAUAGAUAAAAUUCCUGGCAGCAUAUGGCAAUAAACUGACGGCACCAACGUCUUCCAACGUAGAUCUUGUCAUGCGAUUGAAGAUAUUCAAGUAAAGUGCACAUGAAGUCGCUACAACCUUGCUAAUAUCUUCCAUAUGUAGAAAAGCGACAUCAUUUGUGAGAUUGGGAGAUGGCGGCGAUGGCUUUAUCAUGGUGCCGAGAAACAGUCGUUGGUCAAACGAUAGUCGGCCAUCGCAUAUAAAUAUGAGUGGUUCAAAGCGCUCUAGAUACGUCUCAAUGUUUUCGAGAUUUGCAUGCUUACGGAAGACAUUGCUGAUGUUCCCAUUAUUCGGAUCGUUCUCAAUAUCACCCAUGGCCAUUAUAUUGGCCACUUCGUCCAUUGUGAGAGGCCACUCCGACAUUGCCGCCAUGAAUAUUAGCCUGCGGUCUUUUUCGCUAGACCAUUUUUCGUGCAUCAGCCGGUUUACAACACUCCCGUAAUCAGCUGGGACUGCUUCCGAUGCGCUAGCAGAGGGGCGCUUCCAGUCAAGAUAUUGAAUAACGAACGCAUCAUCAAGAAAGUUCCGUUGGUGUGUCCGUAUGUGUGAUCUAAGGCAGCUAGCAACUUCAGAUGACCAACCCCCGUUCUUGGUCAUAAAUGUUAGAUGACGAUUUGUCACCAUCUCAGCAUCUGAUACGACAUCUGGCGUGUUAUCCAAGUCGAUCAAGCUUUUGUGGAAUCGGACAUCUGUCAAAAGUGACACCAGAGCCCCUUCGCUCUGAGAUGUAACAAAAAAUCGGAAGCAGCUGCCUUUAACAGUAAUAAGACGCCGUAUGUAUUCUUGCAUUUCAGGAAGAUUCAUACAGAGCUCAAUGCCGUCCAAGAAAACCAAAACACGCGACAGACGCCCUUUGCUCGCUAUCCGCUCCAGCAUCUCGCACAGGAAGUCUGAUGACCGAUACUUCCAGUGUUCUGAUUUCACCUCCUCCUCAAUUGAGCUACUGUAAAAGUCUGGCUGGUCUUCCAGUAUUUGUAUCAAUAUGGCGGCCAGUGCGUGAUUCGACCAAUUUGCACCAAUACCUGAAAAGAUGAAGUAACAGGAGUCCGCAAAAGAUGGCUCCAACAUGUGCUUAACCAGCACGGAUUUUCCAGUUCCUGUAGUGCCAGUAACUACAAUAAGUUUCGUGUUGCCAGCUACCCAGUCUUGUACGGGCCUAUUCUGAUAGAUCCAAUUGCAUGUGUUGAGAGCAGCUUUCGGUAUCCUUUUCUUGUACCACGUAAAAGGGGGGUUGUGUUUAUGGAAAUUCUUAUAUAAAUGUCCAAGAAUCUGUUCCCUCGGCCCGCCAAGGAAACCCACCCGCUUCUGGAUGCGUGUAGGUUCUCUGGUCUGUAACUGAAAGUAGUCACGUAAUUUCUUGUCAUCUUCAAUGUUAGGGUAUUGUGGUGCUGUUGGCUCAGAUCCAGGAGGCAACGGUAAAGGAUACCAAAACUCCCAUUCCUUUCCGUCAGCUAGGAAGUAGAAUGCAGGAUCAAUUGCAUUGUAUCGACGUUCGUCAGAGGUUACGUCCGCUGGCAUGGUAGCUGGGAAUGAGGAGAAGAUACCGGAUGGAAUGGAUGAUUUGACUCUGCAGUCGCACUCUUUAUUGGCACAAUGUAGGCUCACUUCUGAUAUGAAACGGGGCUUAUUGUUCCAAUCUGAUAAAUCUGUGAGAUCUGUGAGACCUUCCAAAUUUUCCGAGUCCUGUUGGCUUUCAUUGCCUCUGUCUGCGUCUGACUCCCCACCACCAUCCUGCUGUGCCUCUCCUUGGAUCACAACUGGAAGGAGGAUCAACGAUAGUGACAUAAAAUGGCUUUUGAUAUGGUUUUCGAGAACUAACAGAGCUUCUGGACUCUCUCUUGUGGGAUGCAAUGCUUCAAUCUCUUCAGGAUAUCCACCACAAAAAGCACAUGUCUGGCACGCGAGGCUGUUCCUGCCUUCGCUAUGUUUAAUAACCGUAGACAUGACAGUUUCAGUUACUCUAUCAGAGUGUAAAUUCGUUAGAUGAUCUUUGAAGAGCUGUUCUGACGAAAAUUGGGCGUGGGAGCCCGAAGUUGUAUCCCGACAGUACCAACAAUGCCACUCGGACUGCAUGUGUGCCUUUUGUAUAUGCGACAACCACGACGAAUACGAGGCUGAACAUUCAAAUACGUCACUGCAAUCGUCAAAUGUGCAGAAAAAAGGUUCAAAAUCGCCAAUGAGAUGCCUGCGCCAAGCUUCUUCGGAGCUGGCUUCGGUUGAUGGGCAGGUAAGAGAGCAGUAAGGGCAUUUGAAUGACGAUGUGAUCCUAUCUAUGAUUGGAAUAGGUGGUAGAGAAUGUAUCGGUAUUUGUACCGAAGCUACCGACUCAGCCUUUUUAGGCAUCUCAAUUUUGGUAGCAACGGUAUGGGAUAGUUCAGUUCGUUGAUGCAAAGAGGGCAUUGCUCUACUUCGUAGAGACGGAGGGCUAAGCCUGGUUUCCUGUUCCUCCAUGACAGCUACAGCAGCUUUGAUAGCCUUUGGUAUUGAAACUUGUGGCUCUUGUGGCUUCUCGGCUGUUUCCAUAGCCUGAAGUUUAACCUGAUGUUGCUCAAGAUAGGAGAAUCGAGCGCGGCGUGUCGCAAUGGAUUUCGCCAUGCGCUCUUGCAAUACAGAGCUUGCGUUCGGGAAUAAGAAUUCGACUUUUUGCAAUGCCAAAUGUUUAAACAUUUCAUAUUGCUGCUUGUUGCGAUCGAGGUUGACAUAUCGAUCAAUGCGUUCCUGUCGGUGCCGUGUUCCACCACGAUGAAGGCUGAUGCCAAUCUGGCGGAGACUGGUGAUGGUGUUGUGUAUCGACAUCCAAAGACCAUGCGAUGUUAUAGAGUUGUUUCUGAUACCAUCUGCUGCCUCUGAAUCGGAUUCCUUUACUGCUAUUGACGAUCCAUCGGACGACUCGUCUGUAUCACUGGCAUCAAACUCAGCAUCGUCG